CUCUGCCAGCAGCGGCUAACAAGAUGCACACAGCUAGUGCUAUGUACAGUAUAGAGGUGCCUGCAAGCUAGUAUAUGUUUAUUUAAGAGGGAGAACUGCUGCUACCGGUACGACACGAACGCUAGCAGAAAUGGCCGGAAUUAUUAAAAAGCAAAUUCUGAAACAUUUGUCAAGGUUCACCAAGAACCUGUCCCCAGACAAGAUCAAUCUGAGCACGCUGAAGGGGGAGGGGCAGCUGUCCAACCUUGAGCUUGAUGAAGAGGUUCUGCAGAACAUGCUUGACCUGCCUACCUGGCUGGCUGUCACUCGGGUCUACUGCAACAAAGCCGCCAUCAGGAUACAAUGGACAAAGUUGAAAACAAGCCCCAUCUGCCUGUUCUUGGAUAAAGUAGAGGUAGAGAUGAGGACAUGUGAAGAGCCUCGUCCACCCAAUGGCCCCUCUCCUAUAGCUAUUACAGCAGGCCAGAGUGAAUAUGGCUUUGCUGAGAAAGUGGUGGAGGGCAUGUCUGUGAGGAUCAACUCCAUCACCAUUAAGGUGCAGGCUCGUGCCUUCCACGCCUCCUUUGAGCUCUGGCAGCUACAAGGCAACAGCCUCAACCCCAAAUGGCAGCGCAGUGACCUCCGCUACACCCGCGUCACCGACCCAAAGAGAGGAGAGGUUUUGACAUUCAAAGAAAUCAACUGGCAGAGUCUGCGAAUCGAGGCAGAUGCCAUUGAGAGUGACGAUCAGGACCUUGGUAGCACCCCGUUACGUCUCAUCACUAACCAAGGACGAAUUCGCAUUGCUCUAAAACGCAGAAUAAAGGACUGCAAUGUGUUGGCAUCUAAGCUGCUUUUCAUUCUGGAUGACCUGCUGUGGGUGCUGACGGACUCUCAACUCAAGGCUAUCAUCCAUUAUGCCAAAUCUCUCAGUGAGGCCAUGGAGAAGUCUGCCCAGCAGAGGAAGAACAUGACUGCUGAAUCCCUGCAGACUGCUCCUCCGUCUCCUGGCCUCCACAGCCUGUGGACAGAGCCCCCACCUGCUCCUACUGGCACCCCCAGCAACAUGAGUCAAUACUUUGAGCUCUAUGAUGUCAAGGAGUCUUCUUACCACACCUUCAUAUCCCGCUUGGACUUACACGUAUGCAACGAUAGUUCUUCAAUGGAUGAAGAUGAGCCUCCCCCACCGGGCUUGCAGGGUGCGAUGCAGCUGACCUUCAGAAAGCUAGGGUUUGACUACUAUCCCAUCCACAGACCUGCUGAUGGGUGUCGACACUGGGAGCGCCACAGUGGAGCCAUGGAGGCUCAGGCCCAGUGGGCUGGGAAGCUGCUGCAGGAGUACCAUAGGAGAGUAGAUGCUUCUGGGUUCCCAGGGCCACAUACUGAGGUGCCCCAUCCAACCAAGGACUCUCCUGCAAAGACAGUUCAAGAUGGACAGUCUAGUCCUAAGUCAACCCCCUCUGACAAAGAGCAGGCAACCAGCAGGAACUCUAUGACAGCUCCUAAAGGGUCAUCGCUGAAGAGGCUGCGAUCUAGCUGUGUGGUGGUCAGAAUGGAUGACGUGGACAUUCACCAGGUGUCUACAAGGGGCCGUCAGAACAAGAAGACCCAGUCUUUAUUAUCCUGUAACCGUAAAGCUCUGCGUUUGCCGGACAGCGUACCAGCAGUUCAUCUACAGUUUACUGAAUACUACUUUCCUGACAACCCCAGUCUAUCAGUACCCACCUCAAACCUGUACGCCCAGUUAAACAGCCUGCAGCUGUGUGUGGACCCAGCCAGUGUGCUGUGGAUCAAUCUUUUUUCCAGGGGCCUACUGCACACUCUUGACCAAGUCAAAGCUUUCUACCAUUUGCAAGACAGUAGCAAGGCUGAAGAGCAUUUAGACAUCCGCAUGGAUGCAUCUCAGCUUAAGCUGAUAAUUCCCUUGGAUUCUUCCAUAUUGGACCAUCCAGAGCGUCCACAGUCCCUGUCUGUUACUGUACCCCAGAUGGUUCUCAGCAACACUCGCCACUGCCCCCAUGGCUCCAGAGCUGACCUCAACACUAUCUAUGACAAGUUUGCCAGCUGCUCUUUCUUCCAACCUACACCACCCUGCCCUUACCCCAGAGACCUGAGUGCCUUCCACCCUACUCCCUCCGCCUUCCACCAUCACUCUCAAGAGACGGAACCCCAGCCUCUAGACAGAAAGCAGCUACGAUCCCAGGAUGUCUGGUCUCUCAGUCUGUCACGUGUAACCCUAGGUUUUGAUGGAGCUCGGCGAUUCCCCAAAGGCAGGACCCAGCCUUUUGUUGAGCCCUUUGCCAUGUCUGUGUGGAUGUGUCAGCCCGCUGCCUUUAGAAGUGGUUCAUCAUCUUCCUCCUCCAGUCCCAGCAGAGCCCACCAGCCUUCUCCAGAACAGGACGAGGCUUCGCUUGCCUCUAUCCACUUCCUGGCUCACACCAUCACUCCAGUAAAAUUGUGGCUCAACCACUACCAAUAUGUAGCACUGCUGAGAAUGAAGGACGCCAUGGCUCGGUUGGGGGCAGAGUUGGGCCGGGAUCUACGAGAUGUUAAACAGGCUCAUGGUCAGAAGACAAAACCCACUACUGUUUGUGUUGCCCUUCUGGUGGACUCGGCAGAACUGGGUCUCCUGUUGCCACCAGUCUCCUCAGAGCCAGAGGAAGAGGUCCCCCACACCCCAGAGACAGACAGCCCCAGCAUGACAGACUCUGACAUCUCCCCGACUCAUAACUCUGCAGAUGGGGUCCUGGAGGACAGUGGGUUGGAAAAUGGCAUCUCCUCCAACAAUAGAGCUGCCACUGCGUUUGAUCAGGAUGAACAAGAUGGGGUGGUGGAGGAGGCAUGUGAGGCUGUGGAGGAGGGGCUGGAGGGGGGUGGUUUGACAACACAACAGGAGGACGCUGUCCUCUCACCUCCCCUCUCACCUGGACACUCCCCUGCCAUUUCCCGUGAGCCAUCCACCUUUAGCCUGGAGGGAGAGCUGUCAAGCGCCAUUAACGUCACCAAGGAUGUGACCAAAGAUGCCAUCAGUGCCUCGCUGGACCUGACCAAAGGGGCGUUUUCAAUAACAAAAGAUGCGUUUAGCAUCCUGAGUCGUGGCUCAGGAAUGAGCAAAUUGUUCAGUCCACAGGCAAAGGAACAGGUCCAGCGCUCCGAUGAGUCCUCCCCCUCGUUGGCUGCCAGCCUGCGCCACCAGUCCAUGAAACAAUCGCCUUCCCAGCAUUCAUUUGAUAGUGCUAUCCUGGAAGGCAGCCUACCUGAUGAAAAUCUAUCUGUGGAUAGUGAUGUCAGCGACAAUUUUGUUGUUCUCAUGGACUCAGAGUCGGGUAUGGAGUCCAUGCGUCCCAACAACACGCCAGCAGGCAGCCAGAGCAGCCCAGCCCCAGGGACAGAGGGUGGUUCAUCUGCUGAUCUCAGCAGCUCCCUGUCCCAAAGCACUGAGGAUGUGUCUCAGGACAUGUCUUCAGUGUUGUUGCUGAUCAUGAGUGGAACGGCCUGUACCAUGGAAGUAAAGGGAGAAGACCAAGUUGUGGCUGUGGAAGCCCAAAAUCUGAGCCCUGUGCAGUUGGGCAAUGUCAGGGUAUCUGACCUGCUGGCUGGUCUCAUACAAGCUCCAGGUGGACCAGUCCAGAAGCAGUAUAGGCAGGGUAGCAGGGGUUCUCCAGUUGUGCGCAUGCGAGCAGAAAUGGGUCCAUCCGCAGCCCGACACUCUGCUCUGGCCGAGUCUGUGGGUUUCUUGGAUAUGAGAGUGCAAGACUGCCACGCAGAGUUGUUAGCCUCCACAGUGACUAACAUUGGGCCUUUUCUGGAAGAUGAAUUCAGUGUUGAUGGUCAGCCAAUGAAAUUACACCUGAGAAACAUCACCAUCACUAUGAAGGAUGAUGGCCCUAGAAACUACCCCACUGCCCCUCAACCUGUCCCAGCCACAUUCAUUGUAGAUCAGCUUCUGCUUGAGCGCGCUGAAGAUGGCAUCAUGAGGCUCAAAGCCUCAGCAGGUGCUCCCGGGGCUGGCCCAGACAACACACACAGUUCCUGCACUGUUCAACAGCAGAGCGAGAGUCAAACUCUGGAGUCGCAGCUUUCUGAUGCCCAGGCUGCCCUCACACAGGCCGUCAGUGACAGAGAGCGUCUCCUUCUGGAAGUCAGAAAGUAUGACCCCACAUUUACUCUCUGAGCUUCACCUCUGAACCUACUACAUCACUGCUCCUGCUGAGGGAUUGUGAUCGGAUGUAUUGCGGGAUGAAUGUCAGGAACCAGCAAGAGUCAUGCCGAGCAUGUCCGGCCAUUGGACAUGUUUGGGGGAAAAAAAAAAAAAAA